CCUGUAGAGUCCAACAGAUCAACAUCCACCAGACCAGAGAGGCUCACAUACAUGUUUCAGAUGAUUUCUUCUUGUCCUUGUCCAGUUCUACUGAUGAGAUGAUAGGAAGAACAGUUCCAGCUGAUCCCAUCAACGCUGGUUUGGCUGUUAGCUUAGCUGUUAGCAUCAUGGUUAUUUUAGCAGGUGUCUUCUUUGUGUGGAGACAAAAUAGAACCAAAACCAAGAAAAGAUCCAGAGAUGAAGCUGAAAGAGGAGAAAAGCUCCUGACAGAGGUAACGGUGAAGAUGAAGGUUUCAGAAGAAACUAAAGAUAACAGCAGCAGCUCAGUCAGUCAGGAGACGUCAGGAGACGUCACUAUGGUGGUUAAUCCCAAGGACUUCUUUAUCUGUCUGAGAAACUGGUCUGAUCAGGACAAACCACUGGGAGGACGUCAGUUAAAAGUCCAGAUCAACAAUAGUGAACCCAUCACAUACAAAUUUGAUCCAUCAAUGAAACUCAAGGCUGAAAAGUCUGUUUAUUUCUACCAUCCAGACCAUAAGCCUCUUCAUCUUGUCUCUGAUCAACUGGUGUGGGAGGACCUGAAGUCCUGGAAGUCUGGAGACAGAGUCCAGGUCUCUCUGCAGUGAAAUAGUUCCCAGUUGAACUCCUUCAAUAAAGUUCAGUAAUCCAGCAAACAGCAACAUUAUUGAUGAGAAACAGCACGACUCAGAUCUUCCUGCAGA